AUGUGUCGUUCUCAACAACAAAAUAUAUUGGUUAAUCAAAAACAAUCAACUGAUGAUCAACUUGAACUUGUACCAUAUGAUUUAAUCAAUGGUUAUCAUGGAAAUCAGCUGUUAUUGAAUCAAAUCAAACAACAAUUAACUGACAUCGAGCAAAAACUACAUGAUAAUGAAAAAAAGUUACAUGAUAAUGAAAAAAAACUGGCACUUAUAAACGAAGAAAUAGUUGCAAUGAAAGAAAAAUUUCUUAUCCUUAUGCAAAAGCGCAAGAUUCAAAACAAUGAUUGA